GUCAACAUGCCUUCCUGAAGGCAACGCCCUUCUCUUAAUGCGGUUACUUUCCCGCCAGUGCUUCUCAAGACCCAAACAAAUUUCUACUCUUGCAAAAUCCACAAAACUCAACCAACAAUGCUGCAUUUCUCUUCUUCGACACUGCAAAACAAUGAACCAACUUAAACAAAUCCAGGCCCAGAUUUUCCGGGGCGGCCUCCAUCAAAGCACAGACACUCUGAAGAAGCUCAUGGUCUUUUGUGCAGACCCAUCUAAUGGAAACUUGGUUCAUGCUGAAAGAAUCUUCAAUUAUAUUCAAAACCCAGGUUUAUUUGUUUAUAAUAUUAUGAUUAAAGCCUUUGCAAAGAAGGGUAUCUUUAGAAAAUGUUUAAUGUUGUUCAAUAAAUUGAGGGAGGAUGGUCUGUGGCCUGAUAAUUUUACUUACCCUUUUGUUUUGAAGGCGAUUGGGUGCUUAGGAGAGGUUUUAGAAGCUGAAAAACUUCAUGGAUUUGUGAUGAAAACCGGGCUUGAAUCUGAUACUUAUGUGUGUAACCCACUCAUUGAUAUGUAUGCUAAAUUGGGUCAAGUGGAUGUUAUGAGGAAGUUGUUUGAUGAAAUGCCUGAGAGAGAUGUGGUUUCUUGGAAUGUGUUGAUUUCCGGGUAUGUCAAGCGUAGAAGAUUUGAGGAUGCUAUUGAUGUUUUUUGUUGUAUGAGAGAAGAGAGUUAUUUGAGGCCUAAUGAGCCUACGGUGGUGAGCACUCUUUCAGCUUGUGCGGCAUUGAAGUGCUUGGAACUCGGCAAGGAAAUUCAUUGUUAUGUAAGGGAUAGACUUGAACUCACUUCUAUUAUUGGCAGUGCAUUAUUGGACAUGUACUGUAAGUGUGGUUGUUUGAGUGUAGCCCGAAAAAUAUUUGACGAGAUGCCUCAUAAAAAUGUUAUUUGUUGGACUAGUAUGGUGUCAGGUUAUGUAAACUAUGGUGAGCUGGAUAAGGCUAGAGAGUUGUUUGAGAGGAGUCCAGUUAAGGACGUUGUUCUUUGGACGGCGAUGAUUAAUGGGUAUGUGCAGUUUAAUCAUUUUGACGAGGCAGUGGCCCUGUUUCAAGAAAUGCAAAUCCAAAGGGUUAAGCCAGAUAAGUUCGUACUGGUUGCUCUUCUCACAGGUUGUGCUCAAAUGGGAGCUCUUGAGCAGGGGACUUGGAUUCAUGGAUACAUAGACGAGAAAGGAAUUCCAGUUGAUGCAGUUGUUGGAACUUCUCUUAUAGAAAUGUAUUCCAAAUGUGGGUGCAUUGAAAAAGCUUUGAGGAUUUUCUGUGGGCUGAGAGAAAAAGAUACAGCUACAUGGACUUCAAUUAUAUGUGGGCUUGCUAUGAAUGGGAAAACAAGCAAGGCACUUGAAUUGUUCUCAAAAAUGAAACAAGUCGAGGCCAUACCUGAUGAAGUUACCUUCAUUGGUGUUUUAAGUGCAUGCAGCCAUGGAGGACUGGUCGAAGAAGGCCGUGAGUUCUUUAAUUCCAUGACAAGUAUUUAUAAUAUUGAGCCUAAGUUAGAGCACUAUGGGUGUCUGAUUGACUUACUUGGUCGAGCUGGACAAUUGGAUGAAGCAGAAGAGUUGAUAAAAAAAAUAGUGAACGCAAAUAAUGAGAUCAUAGUUCCGCUUUAUGGUUCUUUGCUCAGUGCUUGCAGAAUCUAUAAAAAUGUUCAAAUGGGUGAGCGGGUGGCUGAACAGCUCGUGAAAAUUGAGUCAAGGGACUCUAGUGUUCACACGCUUCUCGCAAAUAUCUAUGCCUCUGCUGGUAGAUGGGUGGAUGUAAACAGGGUGAGACGGGAAAUGAAAGAUCUUGGAGUAAAAAAGGUACCUGGUUGUAGCUCAAUUGAGGUUGAUGGCAUAGUCCAUGAGUUUCUUGUUGGGAAUCCAUCUUGUUCAGAGAUGAGAGAAAUAUACUCCAUGUUGGAUAGGAUGGUGAAGCCAUUAUUCAAUUCAGAAGAGAAUGAAAUGGAAAGAGAAGAAACAGUGCUUGAGGAAUAAGGACUGAAGCAUGGAAGGCAAACCAUUAUGAACUGGCUAUUUGAAGAUGAAUAUCCUUUUAAAGUUGUUUCUACAAAUCUUGCUCAAGAUUAUUGGAGAAAAUGAGGUUGUUUAUAGCUCUUGGUACAUUCUAUAUCCGUCUUGUGAAGUGUGGAAUAUGUGGUUUAUGAAUCAAUAUAUUAUGGCCUGCAACUCUCAUGGGAUUCUUCUUGGACCUUGCUCGGCUACUCUGAUUCUGAUUGGGCUGGCUAUCUCGACACUCGACAGUUGUUGAACUGGAUUUGUUGUUUAUCUUGGCUGUAAUUUGAUUUCAUGGUGCUCUCAAAUGCAAACUACUGUUGCCCAUUCUAGUGCUGAGGCCAAGUACCAUGCUCUUGCCUAUGUUGUUGCGGAACUCUUUUGGAUACUUAAACUUUUCAGACAACUCCAAAUCAGUCUUUCUUCUCCUCCCAGACUUUUAUGCGACAAAAACAAUGCUAUUUUCAUUGCUUCCAACUCGAUGACCAAAUCUCGCUCCAAAAAUAUUGAUAUUGACUAUCAUUUCAUUCGGGAACUUGUUGCUCAAAAGGUUAUUGGUCUCAGCUUUGUCACCUCACACCUCCAGCUGGUUAAUGUUUAUACAAAAGGGGUGGCCAGAUUACAGUUUUUAUUGGAUCGUGGCAAGUUGUGCCUUUUUCCACCACGCCAACUUUGAGGGGGAUAUUAGAGGAAAAUCAGAUUCUUCUGAUAAUAACCAAGAUAUCAGUGAUUCUCCAUGAUUGUAGCUAUUUUGUUUAUCUCUGUAUUUUCUGUCUAUAAAUGAAUAUUUCCUCGCACCGCAUAUUUCCUUUACACAGAACCUAGGGAGUUCCUUUUCCAUUCUGCUCUUGUAAAUACAAGCUUUGCGAGAUUUUCCUGGGCGUUGACAUUAUACCAUCCUUUCUUACAGCCUUUUGGAGUACCAAACAUUGUAAUCAAUGAUACACUUGAUAUUUGUGGUAAAUAUAAACAAUUGAUAGGUAUGCUUUCCUGUUGAAGGAA